CAGAGACAGAUGAAUGUAGACUUAGCAGGAACAUUUGUGGUCGUGGCGAGUGUGAGAACAGCCUGAACGGCCACAUCUGUCACUGUCACCCCGGCUACCAUCUGAACCCGCAGAGGAACAUCUGUGAGGAUGAUAAUGAAUGUGAGUCAGAGCCGUGCGGCCACGGCAGAGGCCACUGCGUCAACAUAGAGGGCAGCUACAAAUGCCUCUGUCGUCAGGGCUAUAAACACAUGGUGCAGCAUGGCAGACUUAAGUGCAUAGAUGUGAACGAGUGUUCUAAGCAGCUCAUCUGUGGUGUUGGAGGCCAGUGUAUAAACCUGCCUGGUUCUUAUAAAUGUGAAUGUCACAGCGGGUUUAGGAGCAAGUCACAUCGUCAUCCAGCCUGUGAAGAUAUAAAUGAGUGUUUGAAUCCCAACACCUGUCCCAAUGAGCAGUGUGAGAACACACCGGGCUCCUAUGAGUGUCUUCCUUGUUUGCCUGGUCACGAGGCCCGAGCCGGCACCUGCUAUG